CUAGCCCCACAUGCAGCAGCAGCAGCGAUGCAGGGGGCAGUGUUUUGUGUGUGCCUCCCCGACACCUCCCACUGGCACGAGAUGGUGUGCAUGGCCCAAGCCGUGGUCAAUGGGUGCAUCCCAGUCACCUUCUUCCACCACUACCGCCACCCCUGGCUGCACUCGCUACCAUUCAGCGCCUUCUCUCUCAACAUCGACCCCAUGGACGUGCAUGAAACAGCCAUGCGCCUCGAUGUGAUGCUGCUGGAUAUGAGCCUCCUGUGGCGCAUACAGACCGAGCUGCACUCAGUGCAGCAAAGGUUGCUCUAUAACGAGUCUGCUCCUAUCAGUGCUGUUGACCAGGUCAGUCACUCCCUUCCCUAG